AAUUGCCAGCAGUUUCAGUUUCUGAUUCCCGCUCCACAUCCUGCCGCAGGAAGGGCAUUUUGCACAGGCGCAUGCGAUCCUGAGCUAAAAUGGCGACUUUCCUACGGAGAGCAGUGCGGAUUGCAGAAAAUAUUGCUUUACAACGUAACCUAAAGGUCAAACAGGAUGCCUUGGGAGGAUGGGUUCAGCGCAGGAACCUCAACCUUCACGAGAACGUCAGCAUGCAGCUUCUUCAAGAAAACGGCGUCACCGUACCGAAAUUCGGCGUCGCUGCUACCCCCGAGGAGGCGGAGGAGAUUGCCCAGCGGCUAGGCACACCUGAUGUCGUGGUCAAGGCUCUUGUCCUAGCCGGGGGUCGAGGCAAGGGCACUUUUGACAGUGGGCUCAAGGGUGGCGUCAAAAUGGCCUUUUCGCCUAGUGAAGCAAAGAGUUUUGCCAGCCAGAUGAUUGGCCACACUCUGCGCACCAAACAGACGGGCGAGAAGGGCAUCCAUGUGAACAAAGUGAUGGUCACCGAGCGCCUGUACAACCGCCGCGAGUACUACUUCGCCCUCAUGAUGGAGCGAGAAUACAAUGGCCCAGUGAUUGUCGCCUCAUCCCAGGGUGGGGUCAACAUUGAGGAAGUGGCCAAGGAAAACCCUGAGGCCAUCCUAAAGCUGCCCAUCGACAUCAACCAGGGUGUUGACAAGGCCAGCACUGCUGAGCUGGUCCGAAGGCUUGGUUUCCACCCGGCUGCAGUUGAUGGGGCAAUGACCCUGAUCGAGAACUUGUACAAUGUGUUCCUCAAGUAUGAUGCCACAUUGAUUGAAAUCAACCCGCUCAUCGAGGACAACAACAACAUAGUCUACUGCCUGGAUGCCAAGUGCCGCUUCGAUGACAAUGCGGCUUUCCGGCAAAAGGAGCUGUUUGACUUGCGUGAUUGGACCCAGCAGGACAUUCGCGAGAAGCAGGCACACGAGAGCAACCUCAACUACAUUGCGCUCGACGGGGACAUUGGGUGCCUUGUGAAUGGCGCAGGGCUGGCCAUGGCAACGAUGGACAUCAUCAAGCUACACGGUGGCAGCCCAGCCAACUUCUUGGACGUCGGAGGGGGUGCCACAGCCAAGCAGGUCACCGAGGCCUUCCGGCUCAUCACCUCUGAUCAAAAGGUGCAAGCUAUCCUGGUGAACAUCUUUGGUGGUAUCAUGCGAUGUGACAUCAUUGCAGAGGGUGUCAUCCAGGCAGCUGAAACGCUCGACCUGAAGAUCCCCAUUGUGGUCAGGCUCCAAGGUACUCAGGUGGACGAGGCCAAGGCCCUGAUUGCAACCAGCAAGCUCAAGAUCCUGGCCUGUGACAACUUGGACGAGGCAGCAAAGAUGGUUGUUCGCCUCUCGACCAUCGUGGGCCUAGCACGGUCUGCAUCGGUGGACGUCAAGUUUGAGCUGCCACUGUAGCCUCAGAGGGUGCACUGCCCAACCUUCCUAAGUUAUACCCUGUAAUCGUGCCUCCUUACGUCCCCAACAGUGGAAGAGCAAAGCGCGUGCAUUGUCCCUUCUUGACACACAAAGCUUUAAGCGAGAGUGGCUCUUGGUUCACUCAACUUGCUUGAAGGUGCCUCUCCAAAACACACAUGCCAAGGCUUUGCUGCUGAUGGCACUGUUUUUAGCUUCUACUACAGAAAAGUGGCGCUCGCGAUACUGUGUAGCAGGGCACGUACAUCCAUGCGACAGCAUUUGACGCCAACCACUGGACCCAACCAUGGUGAACGUAGUUCAAUGCUGCAUUACCCAACCUUGUUUUUUCUUUUCUUUUCUUUUUUUUUUUUGAAUAAAGUGUACAUACUGUCCAA